AUGCAACUGGCCUACCCGACCAAAGCUAGAUUGCGCACCAGGACAGGCUGUCUUGAAUGCCGCAAUCGUCGUAAGAAGUGCGAUGAAGUCUCACCACAAUGCGGAGGCUGCGCGAGAAAGGGCCUCAAAUGCACUUGGCCUUCGCACAACAGUCAAAGUCUUGAUCGUAGGCGACGGGGCGCAAAUCUUGACACUACGAUCAAUGAGAAUCUGGGUACCCAGUUCCGUUGCAAGACUUUCCGACCAGACGACCACAUUGACAUGUAUACCCAUUUUGCCACUGUGGUACUGCCAAGUAUGGUCCGGCCGAAUUGUGCUGCAGAAUACAAUGAUCAAUCCUAUAUGCUCCAACUUGCACUCGACUUUCCUCCGUUAAUGGCGAUCAUGAUUGGAAUUACUGCUGUACAUCUACAAAAUGAAAAGCUGGCCUUAGAAAGUUACCUUUUCUCGUUACAUGGCCUACGGAGUCGCAUGGCGCAUUGUGUAGAUGCUGCUAAUGAGGAUGCCAUCUUAGCUUCGACAAUCCUUCUUUGUGUUAUGGAGAAUCUUCGCUCUGGCGCAACGCCCAACAUCGGCUUACAUGCGACUGCCGCUGGUGUGAUAUUGUCUCGACGAAGCUCAUCGGGGAUAAAGCAAGUUGACCCCUUUGAACGCCUCUGUGUGGAGUCGUUCCUAUAUCACAGCACGCUUAUGAUGCUGUUUGAACCAUCGCUCGAUACAUUGCAGCGUGUGAACCCAACGAUGGACCUUGCUCGAUAUUUCACCGAGCUUCCUCCCCCAACGUCCCAGCCCAUUCUAGACGCAUCAUAUCCUUUUUUCUUUCUUAUUGCCGACGUGACACGGUUGGCCCGGAGUACGCAUCCAUUGACCGAUACCGAGAUCCUGAUGUAUUCGCACUUGUUAGCGAGUCUCUUGCAUUACGAUCGAAACUUCAAUGAUGGCAGCCCCACCAUGAGGUUGUAUUUGCUAACCAUGCGAAUAUUACUGCUAAAGGUGGAUCCUCUGUUAUCCACUGUUGAGGCGACAGAGCAAAUCCAUCACAUAUCAUCGAACGGCUUUUCAAUCCUAGACUCCUUGAACGUCAACCAGUAUCUCCUCGGAUUUUCACUGUGGCCUGUAGCAGUCCUGGGAUCUAUUGCAACCACAGCCAACGAACAAGACAUUGUGCAAGGUAAGAUCACUUCACUAGCUCGGAGACAGCACGGACAAACUACGCGGUUACGGGACCGGCUCAAGACAAUUUGGGCGACGCCGGAGGCUGAGAACUCUGAGUUACUGGUGCACCGACUACACAUGUUAGUGAAAGGAGUCUGA